AAAAUGGUGAAAAUCUAUAAAUAAAUUUUGAUGUUGAGUACGAAAGCCGAUAUUCAUUUGCACAUGGAUUUCUUAAUGUGAGGGAUUUUUCCAAUGGACGAAAAAAUGACGGAUUUGGUGGAGAGUGGAGCAAGUGAGGCGGAAAAGAGUGUCAAUGGGGAGGAAACUGUGAAGGAUGGAGAGCAGGAUUGGAAGGGAUUGUGCCAGAAAUUGGAGCAGGAUCUUCAAAAACGCAAUACAGAGAAUGAGAUUCUAAAGGCGAGAAUAGGGAUGAUAGAGAAGGAGCAGACGAGCGAUUCGAAGCCAACGAGGACUCAGGAGCAGAAGGAUGAUUAUCUGACAAAAGCCAAGGAGCUUCUGUUCGAGAAAACGAAGAUCUGCAAGAGGCAGGAGCAACAAAUUGAAGCCCUCAAGGUUCAGAUUGAGUCAGUCAAGGAAGUUCUGGCUGUGUCUAAGGAAAUGCUCGAAGUCCGGAACAUGGAAAACUCCCAUUUCCAGGAACAAUUCACCGUGCUCGAGACCCGUCUCAAAGCCGAAAGGGAGCACCAUGUCAUCACCCAGAAGAAGCUCAUCAUCUCCAAAAGGAUGUACGCUGAUCUCCGUAAAGAGCACGAUCUGCAAAUUGGGAUCUUCAAGGAAUUGCGCGAAAGCUACAAAAGCAAAAUCGAUAAACUGACCGCUGAACUCGAGAAAUACAAGGGAGGUUCUUCCGGAAGUCAAGUGAAUGGCCACUGAAUGUGUGAAAAAUAAAAUCCACGUGCAAUAUUUUA